AUGCCAGUGUGUUCGCCAUGCCGUCCUAUACCGUCCGCCGUCGACUUUGAUGUCUCUUCUUUCUUCUCUGUCACCAGUGCCCGUCUGUCUUCACCGUCCACCACCGAGACAUCAACAUGCGCGUUCGUGCGUGUUCCCCUUGACGCCUGCUGGGUCAACGCGAUCCCAAGCGGCGGCGAAGUCAGUGCGUCAGUAGAGCUAACCUCAGUUCUCCUCCUGCGCACCCUCGAGCGUCGCCAGUUCUCCGACGCCGAGGAGGUGUGCGGUGCCAUCUGCGAGGCCAGCGGAGGACCCGUGGAAACGCCUGAGUGCGCAACAUCGACCGCUGCGGGUUUCACCACUGGAUGUCUCACCGCCGUCUGUCCCAUCCUGGUCGACCCCGACAUGCAAGCGUGCGUCAGCUGUCUGGAAGCGUACUCUGUCACCUUCACUGCGUUGAGGGCGGAGUGCGCCGUCGCCUCUUCGUCGGCGGUGUCCCUCUCCAGCUUGUCGUCCUCCUCCAGCCUGUCCGCCUCCAGCACCUCGUCCGAAGAUGAGAUCUCCUCUACUACCAGCAGCGCCACUAGCACCCGUACUUUGACCGCGACCUUGACCAGCACCGACGACCUCGAGACCGGAACCGCGUCGCCCAGCGCCAGCACCAGCUCCAGCGCCAGUACGACCAGCAGGACCCUCGAGGAACACGAAAUGAAGAGCAUCCCGCGCUACUCGCCCACGACGCUCGUGCGGCCUUCGGAUUACUACAGGUCGGCUGCGGCUCCCGGCGAGACUGCUCACGAUGGCUCCGCUGCUUCCCGCUCCAUCCCUGGUUCGGCGCUGCUGGGAGCAGCUGUGGCCCUUGCCGCCUUCAUCUGA